AUGACAUUGCGAGACUUCGCCUUGGCAUCUUUGGAGGUUUGUCUCUUCAAGCAGCCUACCAACGCUAUUAUAACGGCCGUGUUUCAGGAUUCUCCAGAACCGAGAUCAUCAGAGACAACUGAACCGGCAAUAAGGAACGAAAGGGAGCAGAAGUCUCGGCCAUGCGGAUCGACGGCCGUUGAUAGCGAUGACGUUCCAGAUGGAACCGGUGAGGUCGUGACUUCGGCUCCGGAGAUCUUUCGACUGGUGCCUGGCUUCGUCAUUUUCGCUCGGCUGCAAGCGCCCGACUUCUUCGCGGAUUUCGUGGACUUCUUUUUCAAGAAGAAGAAGUGGCCCACCUUCGACCGCAUUCCCGAAGAAUUUCGAGCCCUUUGCGACAAAUGCGGUGUUGCCGCUGAAUCAUACGAAGACAUGCCUGGUUUUGCCCCUGAAUGGGUGUUUCAUUUGAAAAUAAUGGAUUAUGAGUUGUUUUGGAACUCCAUUCACCAGUUUUUUGAUAAGAAGACCUUUCCGACCUGGAAGUCGUUGCCCGAGAGUAUUACAUAUUGGUUUCGAAAUUUGAAUCUAAGGGAAUUUGAAUAUCCUUCGAAUUCUAAGUUUGAUAAACUUCCAAAGGUUUCAGAAGAAAGGAUCGGAUUACCACGGAAGAAAAAAUCUCCGUCAACAAAGAGCUUCUUGAAUUCGACAGUGAUGCCACAUGAAGAUUACAGUCAGAAGCCUCGAAUGAUGUGGCUUCUUCCCAUGCCUCCCUUGGGAUCAUCAGAGGAAGAACAAUAUCAGAGACAAGGAAGAAGCUCCGUCCCCGAAUCUUCCCAAUGGGUGCCUCCACAGUGUCCGGCUCAGGUGCAGAAUCAGUACCAGAGUAUGUGCCCCCUAGCAAGGACGAUUGUUCGGGAACACCAACCAGCCGAGCUCGAAGAACGUGAGAAAAGAGGCGACUGUAAUUCUGAUGAUCGCGACGUCGAGAGUGACCGUCAAGAUACCCACUUCGCCCCCAAAGGAUAUCGCUUCAUCCCGUCCUUUGUGGUCCUCUCCAAACGCCUCAACUGGGACUUCUUUCCGAAGUUCGUCCACUAUUUCCUCGACAACAAGAGAUGGCCGACAUUUGCAGACACUCCUCGCGAAUUCCAGGAUUAUUGUGCUAAUUACGGAGUCGGACCAGACUCCUACGAAUAUCUCCCAGGAUUUGCGCCGGAAUGGGUUUUCCAUCUGCGGAUCAUGGAUGAGCAAUGGUUCUGGAAAGUCAUUCACUAUUUUUUCCAGGAAAGAGUGUUCCCAUGUUGGAAGUGGUUACCACUUAAAUUUGAGACUUGGUUCAAGGAAUUGAAACUUGGUGAAUUUGAUUAUCCUGACAAAAAGAACAAAUACGAAAGGAUCCCCAAGAAAAUUAAAGAGCGGUUUGGAAAUUUUCUGGAACAUCGUUUGCGUUUAACCAAGAGAAAGUUUCCAAAGCCAAAAUUUCCUGUUCGAUUGGAUGAAACAUAGCAUUUGCAUCGUGAAUUUAUUUUAGCUUCAUUUCUUAAGAGCUGGAGCAUUGUAUUAUAAAUAAAUGUACCAUUGAUCAACAACUGUGAAUAAUAAAGACUGAUGUUUUCUUUUACUAUAUUUUCUUACGUAGCCACGGUAUGUUUGGAUGUCAGAGUGGUGGGAGGCACCUGGAUGGAGAAAGUGACAUAGUGACUUAAGUAGUGACGAGACGCUCUGCGAAUCUGCAGCUACAUUACGAUGUAACAAAAAAGUUUGAUCAAAUUUCUUUUUCAACACUUAUGCAUUGGAACCCGUGCAUACCUUCAUUAUUUCUUGGUUGAAGAGUACUACGUUGUAGUACGGAUAAAGUGGACAAGCCGUUCGUGAUCUGCAAAGAAGUAACGGCUCUACGAUAUCACAUACUUUCUCGCACUCUCGGCUGGAGCGGUGCCUCGCUGGUGGGAGAUAACUCGAUGAAGAAAAUCCCGCUAGCAGACGUAGAGCGGUGCCGGAUCUUACCGUCCACCGAGGGAACAAUGUGGCAAUCUCCCGUGAUAAAAACAUGCCUAUACUCACGGGACUAAUUGCCUCAGCAUUGACGCGCCCGUAAUCGUCCGGUAUCAUUAACCAUUCAAUCAGUUAGUCUUGUCUUAGUAAAUAAAAUUUGUGCCAUGAAAUAACAGUGAAUUCAGUAUCACAGCGUUUCAUCAAGUGCAGUAAGCGCAUCGGAACCAUAAAAACACGUGUUGUUCAACACGUAUUUCAAAAUAUCUUAGAGUGAAUCGACACAGAAAUGUGCCUAUCGGUUUGUCUUGUUUAGAAGUUCCAAAUUAGCUACUGAUCACCUCUGGAGGCGGCAUAAGUCACCGAAAACACGUUUUCAAAUACUUAAAUAAAAAAAAUCCUUCUUUUAGAGAAAUGUCCAAGAAUCUUUUGGAUGUAUCCGCCAAAAUAAAAAGCUAUCAGUUUCAUUCCGCGAGACGAGACGUGUUGAACGACACCUCAUUUGACUUAAUUGGUGGACAACAAGGGCUCUAACCGUGAGUGACGAAGAGACGGACGAACGCAGUUAAUUAACAACUACGUAAGAAUAAGAUAAUUUGUGGAAUUUAAAAAGAAUAGGAAUUAUGAACAAAAAGCAACAAAUAAUCCAUCAUCUUCUUAAUUGAAAUGUAUGAUAAAGUUUCAAGACGAAUGUUUCAACAAUAACAGUUUAUUGGAACAAUUUCAGCUUUACAAACAAAGAGCCACUAUCCAAAUCAUACCAAAAACAAUGACAGGUAUACCAAUUGCCAGAAAAGAAAGUACCAAGUCCUUAGCCGUUCGCGGUAUCACCAGAAGAUAGUUCGUAGCCUACACUGCGAUGUUUAUAAAGUUGCCCUGGAAGGCCCAACUUCUCAGUGGCAUUAGGCCACUACAUUUCGCGUCUUUCUCGGUCGUGCCGCCCAAUGUUGCAUGAUCGCUGUGAAGACGGGUCUU